GGUUCAUCCAGGAAGACUACCUGCGAGAGCUGCUGACGACAAUGGGAGACAGGUUCACAGAUGAAGAGGUAGAUGAGCUGUACAGAGAGGCACCCAUCGACAAAAAGGGGAAUUUCAACUACAUUGAAUUCACGCGCAUCCUGAAACACGGAGCAAAAGACAAGGAUGACUGA